AUGUGGAUGGUAGAACCGCUAAAGAUAGUCUGCGAGGAUAUCUUCCAGAAAAGAUAUCCUACCAUGAUAUACUCGGACUUGCUACUCUACUUUGAGCAUAUGCAUCACGUUCACGAUAUGAAACUCAUCGAUCAAAUUUCAGAAGGUCUGAACCAAAACAUUAGAGGCAAAUCAAUCCCAGAAGAAGUCUAUGAACUGGGUUCGGAUGUGUUCAGAGAGUAUUUGAAGAUUAUAAACGGCUCCGUGACAGAAAAAUGUCGUUUUGAAAUGGUAGAGACGUAUGUGACCAUUCACGGAUUUGAACUCAACCAAAGCGAUCUUAAUAAGAUAGAAUGCCAGGAACUCGUCAGUCAAAGCAAGAAAAACCCAGAAGAACUUUUAAUUAACAGCGAUGAAAAAACCGACGAAACCGUUAAUCUUAACCCGAUCGGUGUUAAGAACUCAAACUUUUCUGAUGCAGAUUCUGUAACCUUGGACCUAAGGUCUAAAAAGAUCAAUAGCGAGUAUAUCAAGACGGUGUUGGAUCUUAUCGACUAUACUAAAAUGACAGUUAAUGAGUUCUUCGAGGGGCCUGGAAAAUCGAAAAUAUUGUCCUUUGAGAAAAAGUUCGAUUAUCUGUAUAAAAUAGCUGCAAAGACAGCUGCUGAAAAUGAUAGACUCCAGAAUAUUGUAGAACAACAACCAGAUCAAGAACAACUCAGACGCCUAAUACAACACCUCCAAGUGGCCACCAAUGGACAAUUGAGUGAAGAAUCCUGGUGA